CAACAUGACGCGCUGCUGGCAUCAUCUUUUCGAAGUUUUAUUUUGUAGAGUUUUACCAAAAACCCGUGAACCAUGUCUAGAGGCACUGCCUUCGUGGUCGGCUACUCCGUGGUGCUGCUAGGGCUGUUUGGGCUGUGCUGUUACCUCAUGAGCACAGUGAACCCCAAGCCUCUCGACGAACUGAAUACCACGGAUGAACGACCACACGAUAGGAGAGGAUACGAUAUGAUACCAUAUCCCGAUGACAAAGAUAUCUUCAGGACCGAUGAUGAAGACCAUUUGGGGUAUGGUUUGGACAAAGCAAAAGGUAACAAGGCGCUCAAAGUAGAUCAAAGCGUCUCGCACUUAAUUCCCUUGUACAGGCAUUUGCUUCGAAAAGGAGCAUUCGUUAACAGCUCUUUGGUGCAAGAUGUCGUGCCACCCAUAAUUCCCUCCAUGCAAAGAACCUCCACCACUACACAAAGGUCAGUUGUCAUUAGAAAACCAAAAACUAACACUACAAAUCCAAUAGCAGUAAAAUAUCCUCCAGUCAAAGGCUUGCGAAGGUCCGUCAACGCAAUAGAAACCAAUUCGAUCAAAGAUGAAGAAAGUUCUGGAGUUAUACUUAAAAUCAUAGAUGAUAGUGGGCGCCCAAGAAUCGAGAUUAAGUUGGGACCAAAUGGCUCCUUUGAAGGAAACAAAUUAAGAUAUCAUCGAAGCUCAGAGAAUGAAACAAAAAGUGAUGUUCAUGAUAGUAAUGUUACUUCCCAUGCUGAUGAGUAUGAUGAGUCGAAUAAUAAAAAUACUAUCAUAAAAAUAUUGCCGAAUAACACAAUGGUCUUUGAAAAAGUUGACCACUCUCUGGUUUCAUUCAAUGUAGUCAAAGAGAGACCUUUGGGUACUGAAGAUUACAAUGUUAAAAACAAUAGUUUAUCCCACGAUGGGGAUAACAGUAAUUCUUCUCACUCAAAUAAAGUUAAUUUUGAAGAAAUAAUUCUCUUGGUGAAGGCCGAGACUCCUAAAAAGUACGCGUCUAAUGUUCCUCUAAUGAACGAAACAGGAAUUUAUACAUUAAAAAUGUUGAUUGACAAUGAAACAAAAUCUAUACAUAACGUAGUCAAAAAUACUGGAAGUGGAAAUGAUACCUUCAAGAAUGAAAGCCUACUUUUAUUUGAUGAAAAGAAAAAUGUAUCGAAUUUCAAAAACACAAAAAGUAAUGAAAGAAAUUGGCAUAAUGUUUCAAAAGCGGUAAAACUCACAAACCUGGCCGAAAGCAACGAGAAGAACUUGCAAGUUUUGUAGAGUAAUUUUUUAUUAAAGUUUUUAUGAAAUCA